UGGCGCUAGUAGUAAUACCACAUUUUCCGGUUAACCUCAACAUACUAAAAGGUGCUACUUAGUAUCUUGUGACGAUAUACUUUGUAUAGAAACUUCUAUAAACGAUUGUAUUCGUUAUAAAUAAAUAAACAAGUAAACAAACAUGACGAAAAAAUUAAAGAAAAGGCCUUUGAAUGAAAAUACCGUUGUGGUAGAAAAAUCUGAGAAAGAAGAUGGUAAUAAGGAUUUGUCAUCGACACCUCCAAAGAAACAAAAACUACACGUGGUUGCUGAUACAAAUGCAAAACCUCAAAAAGCACAAAAUAAGGUUAACGUGAAUAAACCUAAAAAGGAUAAGAUUAAAAAUAAAAAGAACGUAACAUCUCCCAAAGUUAAUGAUGAUAACAAAGAAAGUCAAAAUGGUGAUGAUGGAUCAACUGUACAGAGUAUAUCAAAGAAAGCGAACAAAGAAAAGAAUAAGUCACCCUCUACUGUUAAAACAAACGCUAAACCUAAAUUAACUUUGGAACAAGUUAAAGAAAAAAUUAAAGAAUUAAAAAGUAGAGAAACUUUAUCUAAAACUGCCAAGAAAAAGUUAGCUGGUUUAAACAAAAUAUUGGAAGUAUUGAAAAAUGAAACUGUUGACAAAUCAAACGAUGCUACUAGCAAUAAACUCACAAUUAAAGAUAAUAUUACACAGAGUGUUGCUAAUAACAAAGGUAAGAAGAAAGUUGAUAAAGUUGUAAAAGAUACAAAAUUGCAGCCAGCUAAAUCUGCCAAUAAAAAGAAAUCUAAGGAACAGAAAAUUGUUAAACAACAAAAAGAUGAGGAUGAGAAUGAGGUCGAAGAUGAGGUUGAAGAUGAGGUUGAAGAUGAAGACGAAGAUGAAGAUGAAGAUGAUAAAAAGAAUAAACUUCAAGUAAAAUCCAAAAAGCCACUUAAUAAAGUGAAACAAGUAAAAGAGGAUGAUGAUGAGGAUGAUGAUGAGGAUGACGAUGACGAUGAAGAUGAUGAUGAUGAGAAAGCGGAAGAAGAAGAAGAGGAUAAUGAAACUGUUAAUGAAAAUGUAAAAACAAAAGGAAAAGGAAAAGAAGGCAAAGAGAAAGUAGCAGAUAAAAAAUUAAAGAAAAACGAAGCUACAAAUAACAACAAAAAUCAACCACCCAAGAAAAAGAGAUUCGUUCUUUACGUUGCAAAUCUACCAUACACUGCUACUGCGAAUGAAAUUAGAAAUCAUUUUCUAACAAAAGUUAGUUCGGUAGCUGAUGUGAGAAUACCUAAAAAAGUAGGCUCUAAUCAGUCUCGAGGAUUUUGUUACAUCGAACUCGAAAAUCAAGAAGAUUAUGAGAGAGGACUCUCAUUGAAUCGUUCAGUUCUUCAAAACCGAAUGUUGACCGUACAAUACACCACUGAUAGUAAACGCGAGAAUGCUAAACAAAUCAUCGCAGCUAAAAACAAAAAAUUAGCUGCUCUGAGAGAUCAAGGAAAAUUAGCUGGAAGUCACAAAAAAACGGACAAGAAGUUUAAAAAAGGAUUUAAAAAAAAUACAGAGUCAUCGAUGACUUAGUUAUUUUAUAUUAGAAACGAAAAAAAAACAAUACAAUUAAUUGUAUUGAAUAACAAACAACCUGUUAAACUUAAUUUUUCAUUUCCCAUUAAUUUUUAUUAUUAACAAUCAUAUAUAUAUAUAUAUAC